GUGUCACGUGGCGGGAAAACGCACGUUAUCGGUUAUUAUGCACUUGUGUUAAAUGAUUGAAAUUGAUGAUUUAUCUGAAAAUAAAGGAAAAAUUUCCGUCCACGUUUACAGAAUAAUUUGGAAUUCUGCGUUUUAGCUUUUAAUAGAAUCUCGCGUGUCUGCGACGCGAUGCUCGAAUCAAGAACAUAACUCGUAAGAGGUUAAACUUGAAGCGAGUGGGGUAAGGUUAAAUCCACAGGUUUUUGUACGAUGAUAGUGGGUUCGGGAGCCUUUCGUGGAAUUGCCCGCGAGAAAUUCGCGCGCGGAAUUACUUAAACUACUUAGAAGAAUCCUCUUGCCAAGUUCUCGAUCGCGGCAAACGAUCGUUCGUCGCGUUUUAAUACUGCAUCAUCCAGCAUCAUCUUGAACAAUCUUGAAGGAAGAUCCUUGAAACGCUGUUGCAUUUGAAAACGCAGAUGUAUCGACAGCAGUUCAACUCUCUUCCCCUCCCAGUUUCAUAGUACGCAUUUAUUUCUCGCGGUUGUGCGUGAUUCGAACUUUGACACGGAAAACGAUAAAAAAAAAGUUCGCCACUUAUCGUUUCUUGCAUAAUAAGUAGAUCUCGAUUGAUCUCGAUGUUUACUUUGCUGAGGAGAAUGACGCACAAUGCAUUUCUGGGUCGCUCUGUCCAUAUUAAUGGAUCCUACGAGGAAGCCAUAAAGGCGUUGAGUCUCACCUUGCAAAGCAAUGCUGCUUACUUGCAAUCUGUUAAGAAGCAUGUCACAAAUGAUUCUGCAAAAUUGAAGGAAACAGAAAAAUAUUUUCUCCGAUCUGGUCUUACUUUGGAGCAAUUGGAUAGUCUGUCCAUCAUUCAUGUAGCUGGUACCAAGGGUAAGGGCUCCACGUGCGCGUUUACAGAGGCGAUUCUGCGACAGUAUGGCUUCAGCACGGGCUUUUUCAGCUCGCCGCAUCUGGUCUCCGUGCGGGAACGCAUUCGGCUGAACGGCGAGCCCAUCAGUCGAGCACAUUUCACUCGUUCGUUCUGGAAUGUGUAUCGCUGCCUGGAGCAAAAACGAGAGCACGAGUCCGAUAUGCCAACAUACUUCAAGUUUCUGAUGAUCCUCACGUUCCACGUGUUCCUGGAGGCGAAAGUUGACGUAGCGAUCAUCGAAGUUGGAAUUGGUGGCGAACUGGACAGCACCAACAUCCUGCGGAAUCCGGUUUGCGUGGGUAUCACGAGCCUAGGUCUGGAGCACACCUCGCUGCUGGGCAACACUUUGGAGGAGAUCGCUCACCAGAAGUCGGGAAUCUUCAAACCGUCUGCGACAGCUUUCACGGUGCCGCAACCGGAAUCGGCGAUGCGCGUUCUACGAAAGCGAGCCGUAGAAAGAGGAUGCCGCGACUUGCGAAUAGUCUCCACGAUCCAAGAUCGCGAGUGGAACGAUGUCUUCCCGUUGGCGGGUAUCGACAGUAGUGGCGUGCAGCGACAGAAUGCUUUGCUGUCGAUCAGCCUGGCACACGAGUGGAUGAGAUCACGUUGCGGGCAAUCUGCCGUGAACGAUAAGUACAUCAAUCGUUUUCACCAGAGCGAUAAGGAUGAUCUAUCACAAGUCAUUUUUCCGAAUAAAGUCGUGACAGCGUUGGCGAACUGCAAAUGGCCGGGUCGCACGCAGAUCCUGAGGACCAGCGUGGCGGAUUUCUUUCUGGAUGGCGCUCACACGAUCGAUAGUAUCCUUAAUAGUGUAUCAUGGUUCAAGCGAGUCAGCCGGAAGACCUCUAGUAAGUUCCUAAUAUUCAACACCAGCGGUGAUCGGAAUUCUCUGGAGUUAUUGAAACUGCUGAGAGCUCUGAACUUCGAUAGGGUUUAUUUCGCUCCGAAUUACGCCGGGGUGACCAGCGUGGAGGAUUUGUCGAAUUACGCGCUGAUCGACGAGCAGAGAAAGAAAUGUAAAAAACACUGCGAGUUGUGGGGCGAGAACUCGGUGUCGAAGAAUAGCGUCGCCGAAGUGCUCAACGACGUUAAGAGGCAUGUAUCAACGCAGGUGGAUAGCCACGAUAAAGUGGAAGUACUUGUAACGGGGUCUUUACAUGUGGUCGGCGCGUUGUUAGCUAUUCUAGAUCCCAAUUUGACAAUGAGUAGUAAUUUUUAAUUUAAUGUAAAAUAAGAUUGAAAUUCGAUUUAAGAUGCUCGUAUAACCAUGACGAAGUAACUUUUGAGAAAUAUGAGAUCUGACAAAAAAAAAAUAUAUAUAUACAGUAUAUAUGGAACAUAAUAAGUCGUGGAAACAGUAAAAAAUAACUUUUUUUUUAGAAACCGUAGAAUU